AUGUCUUCUUCUACAGAAAAUGGUAAUGGUAUCCCCUUAUGGAGAGAGAUCCUAAAAUUAUCUACUCUGAUAAACAAAGCUAAAUCAGAACAUUUUGAUGUCCUUACAAUCUUCUUUCUCUUGCCCUUUCUUUUCACUCCCACCGUAUAUCCUUCUUUCCACCUCGCUCUCGACUAUCAUUUCAACAACAAACUUAUUCAGUUCGAAAUUUCCCUCUCCAAUUUUGAAAUUAUCGCACUCAUAAUAUGCACUCUCUAUUUUACCCUGUUUUUCCUCUGUGCCGUAGCCACAUUUACAUACAGCGCCGUUCAAGCAUCCUAUCGUACACCCAUCAACCUUGUUUCGUCUAUUAAAUCUAUUAGAAAUUCCUUUUUCCCUCUUCUCUCCACUUUUAUCGUUUCUCAUACCAUUCUCAUUUCAAUCACUCUCAUUUUCGCGUUAGUUUUAGCCCUCAUAUCCCGACUAAUUCAACUCAAAUACUAUCUAAAUCACUUGACUAUUUUCGCGUUAAUUGUACUCGUACCAAUUCUGGUUUGGCUACAGGUGAACUGGUCAUUAGCUUAUGUGGUAGCAGUGGUUGAAUCAAAACAGGGCUGCGAGACACUAAGGAGAAGCGCGUAUUUAGUGAAGGGGGUGGGGGUGAGAUCAAUUGCUUUAUCGAUGGUGCUAUUUUACAGGCUUGUGGUGGGAGGAAUGGUGGUUGGUGGUUCAAUGCUUUUUUUCAUAAUGUGUACAUCUGAUCAGUGGAUCAUCUCAGCGGUGAUAUUGCCCAUAUUAGUGAUUUCAGUAGUGAUAUCAUAUAAGACCAUGAAUCAGUAUCUAGUCGGAAACGCUGUCUUGUAUAUGUAUUGCAACGACUUCAAUGGCGAAAAAUUUCCCUUGGAGAUUGGAGACAACGAAUGUAGCGAUGAGCAUCAAUCUCUCAACACGGUGUGA